CACACAUCCACUCCCUCUCUCUCCAACUAGAACGUUUUUAUCCAUCUCCAUCCGGUUCAGUAUUCACAUUUUCACAUUCACCUUUCAUUCAGAAACCAACGGGGAAAAAGGAAAAGAAGGAAGAGGAAUUUGGUAGGUUUGAUUAAUGGCUGCUCUCAUGUUAGAUAACUGUGAGGGCAUAUUACUCUCACUUGAUUCACACAAAUCUGUGCCAGCACCUUUCCUCACCAAAACCUAUCAGCUGGUAGAUGAUCCAUCUACUGAUCAUAUAGUCUCUUGGGGUGAAGACGACACCACCUUCGUCGUCUGGCGUCCUCCUGAGUUCGCUCGUGACCUCCUACCCAACUACUUCAAGCACAACAACUUCUCCAGCUUUGUUCGUCAGCUUAACACCUAUGGUUUUAGGAAGAUUGUACCUGACAGAUGGGAGUUUGCAAACGAGUUCUUCAAGAAGGGAGAGAAGCAUUUGUUGUGUGAGAUCCACCGAAGGAAAACAGCACAGCCGCAGGUAGCCAUAAAUCACCACCACCACCAUCACCAUCCCCAUUCUUCUCCACUCCCUCAUGUCAAUGGCCCAACUUUCUUCCCUUUCCCCAGCCGAGUUAGCAUCUCUCCCUCCGACUCCGACGACCAACCCAACUGGUGCGACUCCCCACCCCUCUCUUCUCCAACAGGACGUACCGUCGGUGGUCUCGCCGGCAGCUACAACACUUCCUUCACCGCUUUGACGGAGGAUAACGAGAGAUUGAGGAGAAGCAACAACAUGCUCAUGUCGGAGCUUGCACAUAUGAAAAAGCUUUAUAAUGAUAUCAUCUACUUUGUUCAGAACCAUGUCAAGCCAGUUGCUCCUAGCAAUUCUUACCCCUCCUCUUUGCUUCUUUGUAACCCGCCGUCCUCCACGCCUGCUUCCAUUGUUAACGGUUCCCUGGUGCAGAAGCCCAUGAACCAUCUUCUUGGGUAUUAUCCUACUAACAGUAAUAAGCAAACAUCUGCUCAAGUUCAGGUCUUGAACUCUCCAAGCAACACAUCACAGAGCACUGUGACGAUUCUUGAAGAGCCUAACUGCAAAACCAAGCUCUUCGGCGUUCCUCUGCAAUCCAAGAAGAGAGUGCACCCAGAAUAUGGUACUGCUCAGGCUACUGCGGAGACUAACAAGGCUCGGUUGAUAUCAGAAAAGGAUCAUGACCUAGGGUUGAAUCUCAUGCCUCCUUCAACAUGUUAGUUUAAAUAUUUCCUCAUCAUAACCAUUCAUAUUAUAUCUUUAGCUUCUUACUUCUUUUUCUUCUAGUUAAUUUUCUGUUUCCAUUUUUUAUUUUUCUUUUUUGAUUCCUUGUUCUUCCUUAGAGAGUCUUGAUGAUAAUAUUGUUGAUGAAAUAUGUGAGUGCGUGCGUCUGAAUGUUUGUAGCUGUGUAUAUAACUUUAGUGCUGCCGGUAUCAUUGUCUUCUAUUCCCUGCCCAGCCAUGAAUGCAGGUGGCUUUUGGUAAGAAGUAUGAAUGAUCAUCGAAAAAAUUGAAGCUA